CUUCGACUUAAACAACACUUCACUGCCAAACACGACAGCAAUUAUGGGAGCUCUUUGAUGGAUGUGUUCAAAGGGUUAGCACAGGAUGAGGGCAUUUGUAUCGCAUACACAGAAUCCGCUCCGAGUUCUGGAGACGACACCCGUUUCGAUGAUGUGAUCCGAAACCUACAGCCCUAUCGUAACGCACGAGUGGUCGCCUGUUUUUGCGAAGGCAUGACUGUCUUGGCUCUACUCAGAGCGACCAAACGGCUCGGUCUGGCCGGAGAGUUCCUAUGGGUCGGCAGUGACGGCUGGUCUGACAGACCCGAUGUGGUUCAGGGCGUGGAAGAAGAAGCGGUGGGCAGUAUAACAGUGCGAAUAUUCUCUCCAUAUUCUCUGGACUUCGAUGACUACUAUUUCAACUUAAGUGCGGUCAACAAUACGAGGAAUCCCUGGUUUCGCGAGUUCUGGGAAUCGAGGUUUAACUGUAGUCUCCAGAACCUGACCGGCGUUGCCAUCAAACACGCCAGCGGACACGUAUAUCAACGACCAUGCUCAGCUGUAGUUUAG